CAAAAAAAUGCGUGACGUCAUUUAUAGAUGACCCCCAUGGAGAAGAUCCACACAGAAACAGUUGAAGGAAAGGGGCCUAACAUUCAAACAGCUGCCCAGGCAAAGAACCCAAUGAAUUUUCCAGAAUUGGCUUGUCGUUUGACCGAUGGUAACAAAGAGAAUCACCCAGGAUCUUCGCUGAUAAGAAAAUCUGAAGACAUACCUUAUUCUUCUAUAUCUAAAUGUGAUUUGUCUAAUGAAAAUAUUUAUUCAGUGACAAUUGCUAAAGAUAUUUUACCAUUAUUUCAAACAUCAUCUUCUGAAAUGUUGUUUUCUAUCUCUAAACCUUCCACAAUUUCUUCAAGUUUCAAGAGAUAUUUUAACAUCAUUGCCUACUUCCCACAGUUCUUAUGUUCAAAAUUUGCAAUUUUCUGAGAAACAAAGUAAUAAUAAAU